AUGAAUUCUCCCAACCAGACGUCGAUGGCGUACUUCAUCAUUAAAGGGAUCACGGAUGUCCCAGAGCUUCAGGUUCCCAUUUUUCUCUUGGUUCUACUCAUUUAUCUCAUCACAUUUAGUGGAAAUAUGACAAUUUUUCUACUCAUCUGUGUAGACCACCAUCUCCACACCUCCAUGUAUUUCUUCUUGGGCAAUCUGUCCAUGGUGGACUUAUCAUCUUCCACUAACACCUUACAUAAGGUUCUUCUCAUCUUCAUAACUGGUGAUAAAACUGUUUCAUACACGGCAUGUAUAAUUCAAAUGUACAUUUUUGCUUCUUUAAUUGGUCAUGAACUUUUAAUUUUGUCUGCUAUGAGCUACGAUAGAUAUGUAGCUAUUUGUAACCCUCUACGUUACCAUACCAUCAUGAACCGCUGGGUUUGUGGUCUACUAUGUUCCUGCUGCUACCUGCUGGGCUGCGUCCAAGUUCUUGCUCCAGUUAUCAUCUUCUCGGGUUUCUCAUGCUAUACAUCCAAUGAGGUCAACCAUUUCUUCUGUGACAUCAUACCUCUUAUGAAAAUCACUUGUAAUGACUCUGCGGUCUUAGAAAUAGUGCUCUUCAUCCAGGGACUAUUUAUUAUCACUCUGUUACCCUUUGUGCUCACGCUAAUCCCCUAUCUUUUUAUUAUAUCAGCCAUCUUGAAGAUCCAUUCCAGAAGAGGAAAGCAGAAAGCCUUUUACACCUGUUCCUCGCAUCUUACAGUGGUCACCCUUCUCUACCUAACGCUUAUCUCUCAGUACUUGACCCCCACUUCACAAGGGUCGAUAAACUCCAAGAAGCUCUUCUCACUUUUUAAUACAGCCGCUGUCCCCAUGUUAAACCCAAUCAUCUAUAGUUUAAAGAAUAGAGAUGUUAAGUCAGCGAUGAGGAGGCUGCUGUUCUGUAAAUCGAUAUCCUAG